AAGACAUUCGCAUCGAACUAUUUCAGCGCGCACAAACGAUGGCACGGACCGCGAGGAGACGGUCAGUCCCCACUGCCAGAACAAGAAAAAGAAGAUCGAGAUUAAAGGCCGGAACGAAAGUUUCAGAUCUCAUUCUGAAAGCUGUGGCUGCGUCUUACGAGCCCGAAGGCGUGUCUCUGGUCGCGCUGAAAAAGGCGCUCGCGGGCUACGGGUACGACGUCAAGAAGAACAAAUCGCGCGUUAAGCUCGCGCUCAGAUCGCUGGUUAAGAGAGGCUUGCUCGUGCAGACCAAACGGACCGGAGCGCGCAGACCUCUCAAGGUGAGAAAACGCGCUGCGGUGAGGAGGCCAGCCAAGAGGCGUGCUCUGAAAAAAUCUAAAGGGGCCAGGCGUAAAAGAGCUACUAAAAGCACAUCCAGGAGAGUGAAGGGGAGGCGGAGGAGGGCGAAGAAACGUUCAGCAAAGAGAGUUACCUCUAGCCGAAGAAGGAAGGUGAAACCUGCGAAACGUAAAGCAGCAAAACGCAAAAGAGCUAAGGUAAGGAGAAGGAGAGCUGCCAAGAAGAAGUAAGAGACACCAUCAUCCUCCAAAAAGAAUUUUACUGACAAUCAACCUAAGGACAAAAUAUCACAAAAUAAGGACAACACAACUGAGACACGAAAGGAGGCAAUUAAGCACAACCAAAUCGCUAGUGAACAUAUUGAGAAAUUAAAGAACCCAACAACCAUCACUGGCUCGUCUCAAUAAA